AUGGUCAUGAGUCCACUAACUGUGGAGACCGAAGAUUCUUUUUCAAGCUUACUCGAAUACGCAGCUAACAAUGACUAUGAAGCCUUCAAACGUUCAAUUGAAAACGACCCAUCAGCAAUCGAUGAAGUCGGAAUGUGCAUAAACGUCUUGAAACUAAUCAUCUCACAACCCAAAGUCGAUGUCAAUUUCGCGUGUGGCCCCGACAAAUUCACCGCUCUCCACUGUGCCGCCUCCGGCGGCUCCCCUGCCGCCAUCGAAGGCGUCAAGUUACUCUUAUCAGUCGGUGCUGACCCGAAUCUUGAAGAUGCCAAUGGACAUCGACCUGUUGAUGUAAUUGUUGUUCCCCCGAAGGUAUCCGGUGUGAAAGCUUCCAUUGAAGGACUUUUAAUGAACAAUGGUUUGACUUUGAGUUUGACCAUGACUGGAUCUUGGUCUCCUACAAUGUCGUCAUCGCCGGAAAACGGUUCCGGUUCCGGUUCUUGUUCUCCGGUGAUGUCAAAGUUUGAAACUGAAAUUCCGGUGAACUCGGAGAAAAAGGAAUACCCGAUUGACCCGUCUUUACCCGAUAUCAAAAACAGCAUUUACUCAACCGAUGAAUUUCGUAUGUUUUCUUUCAAAGUUCGACCGUGUUCACGCGCGUAUUCCCAUGACUGGACGGAAUGUCCGUUUGUCCACCCUGGAGAAAACGCCCGCAGGCGGGACCCACGAAAGUACCAUUACAGCUGUGUCCCGUGUCCCGAUUUUAGAAAAGGCGCGUGUAGACGCGGUGACAUGUGCGAAUACGCGCACGGCGUAUUCGAAUGUUGGCUUCAUCCCGCGCAAUACCGGACACGGUUAUGUAAAGAUGGAACAAGUUGUGCGAGACGCGUUUGCUUUUUUGCUCAUAUGCCGGAGGAGCUUCGGCCGCUUUAUGUCUCCACCGGGUCUGCAGUCCCGUCACCGCGGUCGGCUGCCGCCGGAGCUACUGUUAUGGACAUGGCGGCCGCCUUGAACCUCCUCCCGGGUUCGCCGUCUUCUAUGUCGAUGUCGAUGUCGAUGUCACCCACCGGAAACAGCCCCUGGCCUCAGCCGAAUGUGCCCACCCUCCAUCUUCCGGGAAGCAACCUGCAAUCGAGCCGCCUGAGAUCGUCGCUUUCCGCUAGGGACAUCCCGCCGGAGGAUUUAAGCUUGUUGCGGGAUUUUGAUUCUCAAUUGCUGAAUGAGUUUGCGUGUUUUUCUCAAUCGCGGAGCUCUCGUUCGAGAACAUCACUUGCUCCGGCGAAUCUUGAAGAUCUUUUCUCGUCGGAGAUUGGUUCUUCUCCGCGAUACUCCGACCAGGUGGCGGCGGGUGGUGGUGGUGGUGGUGGUGUGUUUUCGCCUUCACACAAAUCAACGGUUCUCAACAGUGUGCUUUCUCCGAUUAAUACGAAUAGUUUAUUGCAUUCUUCUUUCGGGGUGUCGUCUCCGGGAAGAAUGUCGCCGAGAAGCAUGGACCAUUCUCCGAUGGCGGCUGCCGCCAGGCUCUCAGCCUUUAACCACCGCGAACAGCUUCGCAGUCUAAGCUCCCGUGACUUCACCGGAACCGGAUCUCCGGUGGGUCACAAUACAUCGUCUUCUUGGUCGAAGUGGGGGUCGCCCACCGGAAAAGUUGACUGGUCUGUGAACGGGGAGGAGUUUGGGAAACUAAAAAGGUCGUCUUCUUUUGAGCUCAAGAACAAUGGCGGCGGUGGAGGAGGAGGAGGAGGUGGCACGGAUGAGCCAGAUUUGUCGUGGGUUCAAUCGCUAGUGAAGGAAUCACCACCUGAGAUGAUGAAAAACAAGGCGGCGUCACCACCACCGACUGGCGGUGGUGCGGCGGCACCACCAUCCGGUGAGGAUCAUUCAGUAUUAGGUGCUUGGCUUGAGCAGAUGCAACUUGAUCAGCUCGUAGCUUAA